CGCCAAGAAGAGCUAGUGAGUCAGGGGGUCGGGGGGUGGAGUGGUAGGGCCGCGCUCUCUGCUGCUGUUGUUGCUGCCACCUCGUCUGUUGUUGCUGCCGCCUCGUCCGCCGGCAUGAUCGGACAGAAGACCCUCCACUCCUUCUUCCCCCCGAGCGCCCCCAGGAAGCGGCGCUCGGGCGCUGAGACGCCAGCGGACCCCGGCACGGAGGCGGUAGUGGAGGAGAGCGAGGAUGCCUCGCAGAUCAGCCCCGCCAAGAAGAGCCGGCCCGAAGACGAGCCCAGCGCCCCCUCGUCUCCACUGAGCCCCGAGCAGUUGGACCGGAUCCAGAAAAACAAGGCAGCGGCCCUGCUCCGGCUCGCCUCCCGCAACGUCCCCGCGGGCUUCGGGGAGAGCUGGAAGCGGCAGCUCAACGCAGAAUUCAGCAAACCUUAUUUCAACAAGCUAAUGGGAUUUGUUGCAGAAGAACGAAAACGACAUACCAUUUACCCACCUCCAGACCAAGUCUUUACCUGGACACAGCUGUGUGAAAUUAGAGAUGUCAAAGUGGUCAUCUUGGGGCAGGACCCAUAUCACGGACCCAACCAAGCUCACGGACUCUGCUUCAGUGUUAAGAGGCCUGUUCCACCCCCUCCCAGCUUGGAAAAUAUUUACCAAGAGUUGUCCACAGACAUUGAGGGCUUUGCCCAUCCCGGGCACGGAGAUUUGUCUGGAUGGGCCAGACAGGGUGUUCUCCUUCUCAAUGCUGUGCUCACCGUCCGAGCCCACCAGGCCAACUCCCACAAGGAGAGAGGCUGGGAGGAGUUCACUGACGCUGUGGUGUCCUGGCUGAAUAAGAACUUGAAUGGCCUCGUCUUCAUGCUCUGGGGGUCUUAUGCUCAGAAGAAAGGCCUCUCCAUUGACAGGAAGCGCCACCAUGUCCUGCAGACUGCCCACCCCUCUCCCCUCUCUGUCCAUAGAGGGUUCUUCGGAUGCAGGCAUUUCUCCAAGACCAACGAGUUGCUACAGAAGUCUGGCAAGAAACCAAUUGAUUGGAAAGCACUUUGAAGCAGUUGGAGCCGAGCUGGAGGAAGAUUCUGUCCUUCUCGACUAGGAAAAGCUCUUUGUUGGGGGCCCGGGGUGGGGGAUUUGUAGAAAUCAGAGUCUUAGGAAACAGGUGUCGAGGCACCUUUGUGGUUAACAAAAAAACGACGCACCUUUUUCAUUCUGUGUGACCAAAAAAGUUUGCAUUUGAUGCCUGGUCAGCUUGGGUCAUUGUAGGAUGGCUUGUCAUUUUAUUAAGAUGCUUUUAGUUCGUUAUGAUCGGAAAGGAAAACAUUGUUCUGCACCGCCAAAACUUUCUUUUAAGCUCUGGAGGAGUCUACAGAAGGAAAAUUGCAUCUGGACACUGAAUGGAGGAAAGACAGACACAAAAUUCCAGAGGUUUUUUUUUUUUUUUUUCCUAGCUUCCUGGUGGUGAGGGAAUGUAGGAGGUAAAGAGGGAGGAGCCUCCUGCUCUUACUGAAAGGUUGGCAGGAUGAUGUUACCUUUGUAAGGCUGAGAUCAUUCAGAGUUCUGAGGUGGGAGAAGAGAUGGAGUUUCCUGGUUUGUUUUUGUUGUCAUUCUUUUAACCAAGAUUCCAAAUUUGAAUGUUUGCUACUGAGCAUUUCAAAAUAUCAGCCACAAGUUGGUGAAGAAGAGAAGUUAUUUUUUUUUUCUCCUAGUCCCUUUUUCCAUUGAGAUGACAGAAUCCAUUGGUGGCUAAGUUUUUGGGCAGCCCUAGAAUGCAGACUGAUCUUCCUCUGUAAAGUAACGAAUAUUCUGGGGCCUUAGCAUUCUGGGGGCCAAGCCACACCAGGACGCUUCGCUGUGAUCGAAUGCAAGUCUUGUCAUUUUGGGGUUAGGGGCUAGGAAUUUGAGGAUCUAGGAGAGAAGAGAGUAAUAGAUUUUUUUUCUUUUGUGGAAAAAAUUCCUUAAUCAUAAGCUUGUCUCACAGUUGGGACUUUUUCAAAACAAUGCUGAUUAUAUGAAACGAGAUUUAAAUUUUAUGGACUAUGAGAUCACAGUUUUGUAUUUUUUAUAAUAUGAAAGUUUUGCUGUACUUUUUUAUCACUUAUGCAAGCAGACAUUUUUUAGUUUUCUAUUUUUGUUGGGGUGUGUGUGUGUGUGUUUAAAUCAUCCAUUAAUGGGACAUCUUGUUAAGGCCAGCCCUGGCUUAUGCUGCUGUUGGCUGAUUUUGGUAAUAAAAGCUGAUUUAAUUCUAA